AUGUCUCAACAUUUUUCACCCACUCACAUGCAUGUCCUAGCUGAAACCAGUGGAUCCUCCUCACGAUCAUCUAGGGAAAAUGCACCUUAUCAAAUGAGCAACCUGGAAGAUCUGAUUCUGGAUGUUGCCCUUGUGUCCAAGGUUUGUCCCCCUCCUCAGAAGAAAGCUACACCAUCUGUGUCUAAAGUUAUCAAGACUUCUAGUAAGUCUUCUGAACUCAUAAUCCCAAGUAAAGAUAAGAAUACUGCUGAAGAAGAAUCUAGGCAUAAAGGGUAUGGACUUAGAAACCCUAGCAUGCAUGCUGACGACCCUAUAAAUCUCACGGCAUCAGAAAGAAGUGAAAUUGAUAAGGAACUUAGGAAGUUUGUUGCAUCUGUUUUGAAGGAAGUAAACUCUGAUGUUUUGCCAGAUGUUCAAACAUCUUUGGCAAAAGAUCCAAGCCCUGACAAUGACUCAAGGGAAAAAGCUGAAGAAAAUGUUCCUGAUCAUGUUGCUCGUGAGAGAAGAAGUAAGAAGAAAGUUGAGCUUGUUGUCAAUGUUGAAGAACUUACCUCUGAUGAAGAACCCCUUAUAAACAUUGUUUCUCCCAGCAUUGCCAAGAGAUUGCAGAGACGUAAAGGAAAGACUCUUGCUUUUGAAGAUUCUCCCUCCAGGGAAGUGAAGAGAAAAGCUGAUGGGUUGUUGAAAGGAACUCCUUCUAAAAGCUCCACAGGAAAAUAUCCUGUUGGACCCACUAGGUCUUGGAGUGAAGUUGUUACCCCUACUAGAAAGACGAAAGUUGUCUCCUCUAGUGAAUCCGAAUUUGAUGUUGCACAUGAUGUCCAGGACAUCACCCCUAUAAAAAGAUUUGCUAACAAGAAACCUCAUGAUGCUAGGUCCAAAGCUCCGUUGGACAAUGCUUCUUUACAUUAUGUAAAGAAUGCAGAAAGGUGGAAGUAUGUCAUUCAGAGAAGGGUAGCCCUAUAA